GUUGUGAUAGAUAACUCUUUACUAAAUUUAUUUUCUCCUAUGUUAUUCUGUUUUGCUUUAAACUGUGUAUAUGUUUUAAUUAUUGUGUUAGUAAAUACUUCAACCCAAAAAUGAGAAAACACUGAUUGCUUUUAAAUAAACCGUUUUGUUUGUUUAGAUACAGCGGUUAAACUAAUCUCAAGUUAUGACGGCAGCAGUUGCAAAUGUCAGUAUCCUACUUAGUAAACGUAGAUAUUAGACGUUAUUAACACGCUGAUAAUUGGCGUCAUAUUUAGGCCCGGUUUGUUGCGAUCUAGCAAAGAGUGGUAGGCACAAAAUGAUCAGCUUUCAAUGCACAGCGAAUGUGAAAUAAAUAAAAAAAAAUGUUGAGAAGUGUCAUUUAAUAUGCGCAUGUGCGGUCAUUUUGUUUUUAACUGAUAUCUGUCACUUCAAGCUAACCAAGAUAGCCGCUGACAGUUCGUUAGAAAAAAAAUGGCGCAAAGUGCAGAUGAGGUGAGUAAAAUUUAGAGGCAUGCGCGGAAAAUCCAUUCACUUUUCUACCGUGCUGAGGCCACUAUAAUAACUAAUAGUUAUGUCUUAGGUCUUUCCUAAAAAAUUUAAGAACUAAAAAAUCCUGGGGCAAAUUUGGCAACCGCGCGGGACUUUCUACAAACAAGCUCAUCUGCCAUGGCUGUCUAGUUGGAAGGUUUUCGUCGGGUGUGUGCGGAUUUUUUGAGUGACCGGUGGUGGUGGAGGGUAUCAGGGACGCACCGAGACUCAUAAAAGGGUUGCAAGAAAAGAGAGUCGCGAUCUCGGGGUGCUUUUCAUCCCGUUUGUCCGGUUAUUUACGCGAAUUUCGAUGUGGAAUACGAGCUGAUGUACGUUGCGCAUGCGUUUCGCAACAGUCUACGGUCGAGACGAUUACUGCCGGUCGCGGUCGUCGCUCGCCGCGGUUGUACAAACACAGUCAGACGUGAGAAAUGUGCGGUGAUUGCGUGCUGUUGCUGCUGCUGCUGCUGUCAUCAGUGUCAUCGCCGUCGCUAGACAAAGAGAGAACGGUCACCGUUGUCGCGAAAACUUCCGAUGCGUUGCGACGGUCAUAGACUGAUGAUAAUAACGGAAGUGUGUGGUGUGAAAUAAUUAAGUUUAUCGAAAUGAUGGAAGUUACUCCACACUUGAAAAGCGUCUUGAAAAACUAUCAAUAUAGCGCAACGAAAAGUUUACAGGGGCCCGGAUUAUCCCUGGUGGUGACUAAGACGGAACCUGCGUCUCCCGAGGUCAAGGAAGAGGAAUUCCCUCCUACGCCUCCUUUUCCCGUGCAGCAGGUGCCGAUCUUGGCCGCGCCGGACACGUCUUGCAGCGAGCGCACGGAAACGAUCCUCGAAGGGGAGUCGAUCUCCUGUUUCGUGGUCGGCGGUGAGAAACGAUUGUGUUUGCCCCAAGUACUGAAUUCCGUACUGCGCGAGUUUAGUCUGCAGCAGAUUAAUCAAGAGUGCGAUCAAUUGCAGAUCUAUUGCUCGCGUUGCACCCCCGAACAAUUGAACGUACUUAAAAACCACGGCAUAUUGCCGAGCAGCGCGCCCAGUUGCGGUUUGAUUACGAAAACCGACGCCGAAAGACUUUGUAGCGCUCUUCUUUUCGGUCAGGCGACGCAACCGUUGCGUCCCCGCAAGAACGCCUUGUCGUUUAGUGUGUACCACAAAUGUUUCGGCGAAUCGAGCGGGCUGUGCUUUCCGGAACUUUACGUUAGCAAAAAUGCCAAAUGUAUCGAGUGUUCCGACUGUCAGGGCGGUUUUUCGCCGCAGCAGUUUGUGUGUCACGUGCAUCGGAAUUUGGAGAACCGCACCGUACACUGGGGUUUCGAUUCGAGCAGCCACUGGCGGGCGUACCUGCACGUACCGGAGGAUCAAGAGGAACGCGAGCAGUACGUGAAGUACUUGGACGAGUUGAGGGAUCAGUACGAAGGCAAGGCAUCGUUUCCUUCUCCGUUGGCCGAGACCGUCAAACGAAAACAGAUUUCCGCAUCCGACAUCGUCAAGGAUCACCACGUUGCCGCCAACGCGGCGUCCUCGUCCUCCGACCAACUGCCGCUCAAGAAACAAAAACUGGACGAAUAUCUCAAUUUAGGGCGCGUACCCCCAUUCACGUUGGCGUCGGCGACGUCGGCCAUUGUACCGCCUCUGCCGGCCAACCUUCAGCAGCUUUAUGCAUCACUGGAGCCCGUUUACAUUCAUCGGUUGAUGGAGUUCAACAAUGUCGGUCGUCACUUGAGCGCCUUCAAACCCGUCGUCCAGACGAUCAGAGAGUCCAAAUUACGCAGUGCGAACGCGCUGGGUUUGGCUGCGCGCUGCGCAACGGACCCACCAUUGUUACAAAACCCGGAGAGGGUCGUGCUGAUGUCGGAGUCCGAGAGAUUCGAGAGGAGUUACCAGCCAAACGUAGCUUUAGCUCCGCCCACACCCAAAAAGCACCGAUACGGUAGGAUACACGAAAAUGCCACGACUAAUCAACCGUGCACGUCGAGUAGUCCGUUGGACAAAAAUGGCGCGCAGUCACCUUCCAAGGCGGAAACGCCUUCUCCGUUGACCAACGGUCACGCGAAAGAAGAGGAAACCGUCGAGGCCGCUCGAACUCCCGAGAAGAUAAUCGAUUCGACGGUGUCCGUGGUGCAAAGUUGCAGCUCGGUUCUCGUACAGAAAUACAACCCGGAAAUCGAGCUGUCGACCGACACGGAGGACAGUGCUUCCGAAACGUCGGAGAAAAAUUCCGAAUUCGCCAAACUGGAAGAGGUGUUGAAGGGGGUGGACGGCGACGUUAGAGAUAAGGUGUUGGGAUUGUUUAAGGGGUUAACGAAAGAAUGCGAGCAGGCGAUCUUGGAUAGCCGCACUAAAGAGGACCGCAUCAGCGAGCUAGAGUUGAGGAACGCGGAGCUUGUUAAAGAAAUCGAAGAUCUCAGAGGUCAGCUGGAAGAAAACGGCAAGGGCGGCGACCCCGUUAGAGACAACGAAGUGGUUACUAGUUCUUCCAUCAUCCAAACCGCGCAAGAGAAGACGUCGUCGCCUCAGCCCAGCCAACAGCCGCAGAUCGAGCAACAGAAGAGUGUCAUAGCGAGCGUCGGUGAGCAGAAAGAGAUGAUAAAAAAUACGGCGCCCGAAUGA